GGGACAUAUAAUCCUUCAUCAAGUUUGGCUUGUUCUUGCAACUUCUUGUCCUUUGAUGCCAUCGUGUCAUGAUUAUAUAUUGCUUUGCCUUUGGAUAUAAUCCAGUAGACAUGUGAUCUGAUGUUGCUAUUUGUAUCUACAAAAACCUUUUUCCCGCCGGUUUCCUGAUGUUGUUGGUUCCAAGCGGCGACACGAAUGUCGCGGUCUUGCUGCCAACCUAUGGUCAGUUCAUUGGCUGCUUCCACUCCUUCGAAAGUCGGGGAUGCGAAGUCCGGUUCGACGUCAAGGGUGGGGUUGGAGGCGAUGCGUGCCAUUAUAAGAGGUAUUGUGAAAGUAAGGGAAUAUUAAGAGUGAGAAUACAUGUAGCGGCUGGCUUGCAAUUCGCCGGAGUUAAGAGCGUUGUUGGGACGUUAUGGAAGGUCAAUGAUGAUACUGUGCAGCGCUUAGUCGAGGCAUUCUACAAAAACAUUUGCGGAGAUGGCACAAUGAAUUCCAAACGAGCUGCCCGAGCGUUGCACCAAGCGGUCCGUUCGUUGGCUGAAGACAAGGUCAACCCCAUACCCUUGGACCAACGCAUAGUGUUCAUGCAUAUUGGCGUGUAA